GCCAGCCUGGAUUCGCCCGCCCGUUCGCCUUCGUCCAUGUUCCUGUUCCUCUGCAUGUGUCGCUUGCCUGCAAUGGCCUUGCUGAUAUCCUGAUCCAACCACCUCUUGCCAGCAAAUCAACCAAGCUUUGCGCUGUUCUGUCGUAUUGUUCAUCUUGCAGCCGCCAUGACGGGCGUAGUCAUAAGCAGCUACGAUGCCUCUGCUAAUCGGACCCUGCCGCAAAAUACAUCCUUCUAUUAUUCGUCAGACAUCAGUAUUCGUACCCUGAACACUGCUUAUUCACCCUCACAAACUCUGGGCCUUCUCUAUGUUCCUGAUGUUGCUGGCGUAUGCGCCCAGUCCUUGCCUGCAAACGUUACUAGAUUUCAACAUCUUCCGAUUGACUCGCCAAAGAUCGCUAUAGCUCCAUGGAUUUCUCCUUCUUGUACCCUCAGCUAUCUUCAAGCUGCGCCCAGGGUUUCUGCCUUCAUCUUCUACAUACCUGACCAGACCAACUCCCCUCUUGCCUCCGCCAACUCCCCCACGUGGAGUCUCGGAGAUGGAGGCCACUGGAAGUCUGUCAUCGAUUACCCGGUCUAUGCAAUCGCUUCCCAGAUUGGCCAGCAGAUUACCCUAACCAUGUCCAAAUACUCUGGAAACGCCUCUGAUGUGCUCGACAAUCAACAACUACUUGACAACGGCAUUACUUCGGAUUCGCAAGUCCGCCUCAUGAUGCAAGUCGCAACCAGCAACGGUGGAACAAAUCUUCCAAGCAUCUGGAUCUUCUUGUUGAUCAUCCUCGCAAUUCUCAUCGCCCUCAUUGGCACUCUGUCCCUGACCAUGCACAUUCUGCAGAGGAAGAGGCGCAAUGAUUUACGCGACAGAAUAGCUAGAGGCGAAGUCAAUCUUGAAGCUCUAGGCUUGGGUAAGUUGACCGUUCCACAAGAGAUCAUAGAUCGGAUGAACACCUACACGCCUUCCGCAAUCACGGUAUUACCGGAGAAAGGCUCGUCACAAGCGCCGCCGCCGCUCCCGCUUGAGCAGUCUACUUGUGCAAUAUGCUUGGACGAUUUCGCAGAGUCACAGAGUCAAGUACGUCAAUUAGGUUGCGCCCAUUGUUUCCAUUCGCAAUGCAUUGAUCUGUUCUUGCUGGAAACAUCAUCAUUGUGUCCGUUGUGCAAGCAGUCGGUCCUACCUCCAGGCUACGUCCCUGGGAAGAUCACAAAUGCUCACGUUAGGCGAGAGAGAUAUUUGAGACGGAACGCGACUCGCAGAGCUCGUCAUGCUGCCGGGACUCACGCACCUACUGCAAGCAAUUUAAUGCUCUUCGGUCCACGCGCGCGUGCGUCUACGAACGCCAGCGGAUCACCGCCUGUUCUCGGUCCUCCGGUAGAGAUGACGCCUCUACCAGCGCACAUGGAAUCGACCGCAGCUACGGACCAGAGCACCCCUACCACCGCACAAGGGCGAAGGGAAUGGGCUCGGAGACGAGCGCUGGCCAUGUCUGGGCUCCAGGAGUCUGCAGAUGACAGUGAGCCACAACCAAGAACCUCAAAGGCGCGCAAGCUUCUGAGGAGAGUCUUCCCGAAUUUAUGAAUGAUUGAUCUACGAGUUCUUAAUAUGACGUGUAUACCCUUGAUGUAUUUCUCCUUCUCUUCUAACGCCUCUUGCACUUCUGUUUAAACGUCUACACUACAAUCAAUAGUUUCCUGAUAGUUAUGUGUAUAUACUUGAUUGACUUAGUAUUGCCG